GUUUAGCUGGCGAUCGAGACGGGCAUUUCGGGACGGCAUUCUAGUGUGACGAUCACAUAGUGUUUCUAUGGACAUGAAAUAGUGUUCCAGCCAUCCAAUAGUGUUCAUUUUUCGUUUGUGUUGGACGACUUGUGCAUAGUGAUCGAGAAACGAUCUUCUUAGAACCGAAGAAUUGUGUUGGGUUGCAAAAACGACAAAUGUUUUUCGUAAAAUAACCUACGCUAGGCUUGGUAUUUGCUUCAACUUUGAGCUAGUCGCAUGUGAUUUGCAUGGAAUAGUUAAAACAAAAUAUGUUUGCUAACUAAGCGAAGUACUGCAGUGGAUCGACAGACUGCUCUCACAAGCCAGCGCAAGCGACAUUAUUUCUUGAUUAUCCCGGAUAAGAGCAACUUCACCUUCGAACGCUAGCGAACAAGGACGGACCGCAACAUGAAAUACACAAAAGCCAUCACGAAGGCAGACCAAUAUCGUUUCACCCUAUCGGACGAGCUCCGUCAAAUCGCCCAUGAGGAGUUACGGGAAACACAGGCUACCCGUGACCAUGCGCUUCAGAUGUUGCGCGAGUGGGCCGAGAAGAAUCCGCGUAUCAGCAAAAUCCGCAUGGAUGCAAUCUUUUUCCUGAAAUUCCUUCGGGCCAAGAAGUUUCAAAUCCCAGUAGUACAGGAAAAUAUAGAGCGCUAUGUGCUGCUGAAAAAUGCGUUCGAGGGUGCGUUCAAAAAUCUUGAUUGCCGACUACCGAAGAUGGCGAAACUCCUUGACCUCGGCUACAUGUUCGCACUACCCGAGCGUGACCGAGAAGGGCGUCGCGUGAUCUUCUACCGUCCCGGUGUAUUCGAUCUACGCGAAUUCACCAAUGCCGACAUGCUUAAAAUUCACGGCAUUUGCUACGAAACACUGAUGGCAAAUGAGGAGAAUCAGAUUCGAGGCUUUAUCCACGCCGGUGUUGGUACGGGAAUCGGACUGCAGUAUUUGACAUUAUUCACAAUCAAAGAGGCGGUGAGGAUCGCAAAGAACGGUGAAAAGAUCCUGCCAAUGCGUCACAGGGAGAUGUACGGAUGCAAUAUUAACCCGGCGAUGAAGAUGGCAGUCGAUUUUGGAAUGUCAUUGAUCUCGCAGAAGCUACGCGACCGUAUCCGAUUCUACACCGACAUCAAGGACAUUGAGCUGGAGAAACGUCUGCUGCCGAAAGAAUAUGGAGGGGUGAUGCCGAUGGCUGAUAUGAUCCGCCUCUGGAAACAGGAAGUGGAAGCGUACCGGAGUCAACUGUUGGCUGACGAUGCGAUGUCUGUGCACUUGAGCAUGUACUCCGAUGCGGCCAAAGAGGGUACAGUAGGAGCACUGAAGGAACCCCUGAACGGGUGCACAGGAGCUACCGAAAAUUCAACAUAUGGCUUAGCUGGCAGCUUCCGAAAGUUGGAGGUUGAUUGAGAAAGAGAGCGGAUGUUCCAAAGACUCAAUGGGUCGGGAAGUGAAGUCAAAUGAAUAUAAUGAGUUUGAUUUGCUAAUUAUGUUACGCUGGAAUAGCUCUUGAAAGGUAUACCGAACAUAUAUUUAAAUUCUUUGCAGAGCAACAGAUUUUUUUUCAAUUACAGUGUUUUUCUGACUGCAGCGGAUUCAAAUGGAGAUGAAUAGAAAAUAAUUAGUUUGACAUGAAGUGAACUCUCAGAACGAAAUCGGCAUUAAUGUUGUAGGAUAACCUACAUUCUAAUUUUCUCUUUAUCGAUAACUAAUCGCAUCAUUUUCUAGCAGUUAUUACUUUCGUGCAAGCGUUCGCCAUGUUGGACAAAACUAGAAUUAUAUGUAUUAG